AUGAAGGCGCCGGGGGCCUGGUUCCUGUGCCUGCUGCUGCUGGGCCUGGCCCACCAGCGCUCCAUGGAGCUCCGCACCCCCGACAUCAAUCCUGCCUGGUACACGGGCCGCGGAAUCCGGCCUGUGGGCCGCUUUGGCCGGAGGAGAGCAGCCCUGGGGGAUGGACCAAAGCCUGGCCUCCAGCGCCUGCCCGCCUGCUUCCCCCUGGCAGGAGGCGCUGAGCCCUCCCAGGGUGGCUGA